AUGGUGGCGCUGAAGGUCGUUUUCUUCGUGUGGGCGGUGUCUGUUGUUUACGAGUCACACGUCGGCUGCAUGCUUCCUGUUAAGACUGUAGCUGCCGUGGUGACGUCGCUACAAGAAAGAAUUCACUUUGGCUGUGCCUACGUCACAUACUCCGGCAAUGAAGCAGAAUGGCUACAAAAAUCAAGAUUCCUUGUGGAAUUCCGUAAAGGACUACGAAGUAAUCUCCAGUUGGGAUUUCUGCCUGACACCCACCAAACAGAAUUCCUACACAAGUGUCCGAGUUCACCGCUGCUGGUCGUACCAGACACUCAGCUGCUGCUCCAGGAGUCCCACCUCAAGGAAUUGUUGGAAAAGCGGCAGUCAGAAUUCACGUGGCUGCUGUUACUGGACGAUGGCAAGACAGACGACGCGCUUUCCGAUGUCCACAUCGAGUUCGACUCCCAAUUUUUCGUCAUUUUCCCGUCGACAAAUGCCACUGUCGACAUCCUGGAGGCAUACAGAGUGGCGAAUGGUUAUCCGUUGGUGAUUAAGAAGUUCUGCACGUGGGACCACAGCACAGGCCUCGCUUGCACAACAGAGAGCGUCAGGAGCAGACGGAACGACCUGAUGGGUUACGAAAUGAAGACAGGAGUGGUCGAGUUCGGCUUUCACUCAUUGCGGGAUAUUGCGAAUAUUGUUAGUGUAGCCGGUGUUGUUAUCUGGUACCGUCUGCAGAAGACGACGUUAUAUGGGUCUCGCUCCGCCAACGGCACAUGGAAUGGCAUUGUGGGUCGUGUGGCGAGCGGUGAGUUGGAUGUCGGCCUAUCCACCAUGAUGGUCACCCCGUCGCGCCAUGAAGUGAUCGACUUCUCAGUGCCGUUCUUCUUCACAAGGGAGCAUCUGUAUAUCCGAGAGCCUGAGGAGGAGCAGUUCGAGUGGGAUGGUUUCCGGCGCCCCUUCGAUGGCCGCCUCUGCGUCUGCACCUUUGCCCUAAUGUUGGUCGUCUGGGCCGUCCUCAGGGUGCACCGAAGAUAUACGGAGACUGGCAGAAACCCUCUGGACGGGGGGCGAGUCUACAGCGACUUCCUGCACGUCAUCGGAAUAUUCUGCAUGCAAGGGUGUGCCACGGCAACUCGCGACAGCGUGCGGGUGUCCCUGCUGGUGGCGUCGAUCUCUGCGCUGGUGGUGUACACGGCCUACUGCGGCGCCCUUACCGCCUCGCUGGCCACCCACCAGCCGCGGCUGCCCUUCACGGACCUAAAGGGCCUGCUGCAGGACGGCUCCUACAAGCUGAUGCUGCUCCGCGGAUCCGGAGAGAUGACUCUUUUCGCAGAUUCAGAAGAGUCUGUCACCAGACAGAUAUACAAUAAUAUCGUGGUGAAGGAGAACAUGCCAGUACACCCGACACAAGCAUUCGACCGGCUGUGCAGCACAGACAAGCACGCGUUCCUGUCUCACUUGGUGGAGUUUAGGCUGCACGAGGAUUCCCUGAAAUGUACCGUGACGUCCACCCAGGAGUACAUUAGCACACAGCUGGCAAUUGCUUUCAAAAAGAGAAGUCCUUACCGCGAAAUCAUCAACUACCACCUGCUGAAGCUGUACACGGAGGGCGUUGUGCCGCGACUGAUACGGAAGCACUGGCCGCUGAGCGCGAUGGGGCCGCAGCAGCUGCGGCAGCGCCAGCCGCGGCGGGUCCAGUCCCUGCGGCCUGUCUACAUAGCGCGGGUGGCGCCGCUGCUUCUGGUCCGGGGAGAUACCGACCAUCUUGGGGAGUACUUCAGAUGA